AACUCAGAGAUCGUGAAAGCGAAGAAAGCUUAUAUAUCAAUGCCAACCGAAGUUCAUGAUUGAGCUAUGGAGUAUUUUGGGGGGUCAAUACAAGCGGAACCGGCAUGCCUUAAACACGAGCACAUCAAUUCAGCCUUGAUAACGCAUUCGACACGAUGCUUCCUUAGUUUCAAUGUGCCAAGUGCCCAAGACCGUGAAACAGGAAGAAUAAUGGGCGUUCCAUGGGAGACACACGACUGUUGUGCAGACGUUGCUGAACGCCACUGCCCAUGGAAAACACCGCCCGGCCACUAUUGAGGGCUCAGCCCCAGGCGGUCGAGCUGGUCGAUUCGAGCGUAUGCAAAAAUGGCGACGGUGCUUCGGGCAGCCGAAUUUGUUGCGGACGGCCAUAAUCUUGCAGGGAACAACGGCCGAGCGGCGUCGCUAGCAUCUUUGCCGACCGAGCUGAUCAUCAAGAUCUUACGACUCGUCCCGCCAAGCACUAUCUUGUCUUGCAACAGAGUAUGUCGUUCGCUUCAUUUCGCGUGUAAGUCGAUCUCAUUGUGGUCGACGGUGUUGGACGACUGGCAACGUGAGCAUCCUGUGCUUCCUAAAUCCGACAAUUCCAACGGUACCAACGAGGACAAGGUUCAAGAAUUGAUUUCGAUGCUGAUCACGUCAGAGGAGCUGUCUGAAAGAUGGAACACUUACGGCUCCGAGCCCCAAACCGUCUUCCGGACCAGGGCGCACAUCGACCGUAUCACAUGCAUGAAAAUCGUUUCAGGUCGAUGCGGGAGAUACCUCGUCACCGGCGCUGUAGACGGCUGGAUUCGAAUAUGGAACAUGUCAAAUCCUUUGCCGGAGGCACAAGGCAGCAACAUCCCAGAGCAAACCAGCUACAAUGAAGAAUCGGCGGAGCUCAGAAGCACAGCGGGCGAGAUGCCUCCUAGCUCGUCCUUUGGCUCAAACGAGCUGAGCAGCCUUCUUACGAAUACUGCUGCGAAUGAGAGGCGCAAGCGAAGAAAGCAGGUGCUACUCAGUGAGAUUGACACCGGUGGUGAUAUCACGUGUGUGGACGCAGAGUUGAGUCAAGACGAGAAAAGGCUUGUCUGCGUCGUGGGAUCGUACUAUAGCAGCGCUGGAUGUCUUGUGUACGUGCUCGACUUGGACAAGCGGCCGGCCAUGCUCGAUCAGAGAGCAUCGUUGAAUCCACGGGAAUGGUUUGGUACACAUUGCGUGUCAUUGCGCGGGGACUACAUAACCAUUGGGACCUACGUCGGCUUCAUCCACGUCUUCAAAUGGACGACAGGCUGGCGAGCAACGAUGGAAACAGGAUCGCGAUGCUCGACUGCUUCUGUCAAGCUCUUAGAAAACUCAGUCAUCUCCGUGACACGCGCAGGAUCGAUCGAGGUUUUCUCUCUGCCAUCGUCUGCCGAAGAGACUUCCGAACUCUCGGAUGCACCAUCGCCGAGAAUGAAUCCAAGUGCAUCGCUUCUCGAAGACAGGCAUCCUGAUCCCAGCACGAUCGACCUGAAGGAGGACACUCCCAUACCGCCAGGCCGAGUCAUCGCUCGACAAACACCUGAUGAAUCCUCACGACCCUUGCUCAGCGUGACUAUAAGCGAGGAACCCAGGCCCCGACCUGGGUGUACGAGCCAGCGCAGCAAGACGGCCGAUGCAAAGUGCGGCCGCAUCAUCCUCCAGAUGAUCGACAGUAAAACGGUCUUGCACUACGCCUUCCAGCGGAAGAAGCGCCCGUCUAGCCAUCCUUUCCCUUACGAAUGGCCGCCACGCGUCAUUGGCAGAGCUGCGCUUCCGAACGAACGCAUUACAGGUGGUGCAAUCGGCGCAUUGGGCAAGCGAGCGGUGCUGAUGAGCAAUCUGACCGGUGGAGUGCCACCUGUGUCGUGUAUUCGAGCCUUAACUCGCCAACCAGAUGAUUCUGGAAGUGUCGAUGCCGCAACGAUCGCCAUGCUUCCUCUUCGACCGAUACCGGAUGUCGGCCUUCCCGCUCUCCCGGCUCCUUCCAGCAACAUUCCAAAUAACGACAUCUCGAGUAGCUUUCUACGUCCCACGGUACCUAAGACGGUCUGCCCUGCCGGUCCGGCACCAGCAUCGCCGCCGCGUGCUGUCGGUCUUGAGUCCGCGGCAGUUUCACCUCCUACGCCGCCGACCCAGGGCACACCCGAUAGGCGCGCGCCCAGCACCAGCUCGGAGCUUCCAUUUGGGUCUGCGGCCUUUUCCUCACCGUCCUCGUCGAUCGGCAGCUCGUUCGGGGUGCCAAGCAGAUCAGACGUACUAACGGAGAUCUGCAUCGAUGAAGCUGCUGGGUUGAUCUGCAUUGGUACGGCGAGGGGAAAUUGCUGGAUUGCGGAUUACGUGCGCAAGCCUGCUACGGCCACGAGUGCUGUGGCAACUACUAAGACGACGAUAAAGGGGCUGGGGAUGGUAUGAAUCUUGGCAGCAGUUCGACAAUCAUGUGCGGAAGGGCUCUGACGACGCUUGUAGCAUGAAACGGUAGAAAUGCCACACAAGCACGCGAACAUGUAUAGUGGCAGCAGCAUUGAAGUUUUGCGCGUCG